AUGAUGAUCACAACGAAUCGGUCGUGCGAAAUUCACUUCAUCAACAACACCUCCGUUGUUUGGUACCGUCACCUCCACUCCUCCUACCAUGGAACGUGGUUACAGCCUCCGCGGGAAAGCAUUUUCCCGAACCAGACGAUGGUCUGCCUGGCUGAGUGCACGCGCUCCUUCGGCACCUUCUCGGGCAAGAUUCAGUACGCCGUCGUGCUGAAUGACAUCGAGUACAUUGUCAGCUCUGAGUAUGAAAUUCCGAUCCUCGGUGACAACAAACACGUGAGCGUCAUGGGCUGCAGCGCGGAUCCGCGGAAGAAGAAAAUGCCCGACCCGCAGAAGAUUUUCGAGCUCUCGUACACUGCAGACACCUUCGUCUACAGCAAGUUUCUGAUCACCGUCAGAGAGACGGCCGAAGGCGCGGUCUUCCUGCAGAAGUGUCGCGAGGAUCUCGAGCGGGCGCUCACGGACUUCUACGCAGUCUUUCCUCAGGGCAUCGCCGACCCUCUCGACGUGCCGCGGCGCAUUCCGAUGCACUUUGUCUGGAAUGUGAAAAAUAUCGACUGGAAGAAGCGCCUUCGAAAGUCGCAUCGCUCCAUGCUGAUUCGCAUCGUGAACCUGACGACGCACCUACUCGUCCUCGAUCCCCGCCGCGAAGAAAAGGAACGCCUCGAAGAGGGCUUGUGGCUCGAGUUCCCCAGCGAUCAGAUCCCGCCGCUGUGCUUCACGGAGUUCGGGUGUCAGAGCGACGGGUUUCUUUUUGGCACGGGAGGCAGCUGCACUUAUAUCAUCCCCGGGCGGCCAGGGCAGUUUGUCUUCUUCUGGGAUCAGCCGGGCAUGGGCGGCUGCCGCAGUUUAGGUGUCCAUACCGGCUCGGCAUUUCGCGUCUUCAAGCACAGCGAAAACCUCAACGAAGGCACGAUUGUUUUCCACAUCAUCGACCCCAGUCGCCCGCCCUGGGUCCAGAUCGUUCAAGCGCGCGCGUUGCAUCCGCAGCGCCUGGCGGCGCUCCAGGCCUCGUCGUCUUCGCGUUCGUCGGAGGCGCGGGGGGGGUCGGCCGCACUGCAGCUCGCUUCCGCGUCGUCCGCUGCGCACCGCGAGUUCCUUCGAGACAGCUCGGACUUAACGGCUUCGCUGAUCGCCUACUUGCGUCGCGUGUCGCUGGAGCCGGGCGGCGCCCUCGGGGCAGACAGCUUCUCACCCGGCAUCGCUCCACACUUUGUGCGGUCCGGAGACGUCGCCGCGAGUUCCGUCUCUAGCGGGUCGACAGCCCCGCCGGGCGGUGCGUCUGCUGAAGAGCCGCUGGGAACUGCGCGCUCAGGCAUCGGAGGCAGUCCCUCCGGAGGCGCCUCGGGGCUCCUCGCGGCCUCCGCGCCCGCUGGGAGCCGCACAGUGCGCGGUUCCAGCGCGCCCUCCGCCGACGGCGAGGACGGCUCGAGGUGGACAGGAAGCGUGGAAAUCAGCCUCGUCAGCCCGCGAGCGUUUUUCUGCGCACUGCAAAGCACCAAGACGCUGCGAGGCACCCUCCAGCCGAAUUCGCUGCUGUAUAUCCAGUGGCGCAUCGGCAGCGAGCUCUUUGAGCGCGUGUUCGGUCCCGACGAGCGCGUCUACCUCCACGGCGGACUCGUUGGCGGACUCGAGAAGAACCCGACCGAGCUGAUUCUGCGCGCGGAGCCAGUCAGUCUGAGGAGAUUGCCGCCGGGCCUGAAGGUCGCUGAAGUGUAUCCGUCGGACAGCUCGGGGGGUAUUUCGGUUUUCCCGCUGUCCGCGGGCGCCGCGGCGGGCGCGGGCGCUUCUGCAGGCAUCAGGCCGGUCACGAGCGAAGGCGAAUUACUGGAAGUCCUCGUUCGGGGCUUCCGGAUUUGCGCAAGCGGCCUCUUGCGCGAAGUGUCUGAGCGCAUGGAGGCCGCGUUCGGUGUCGACUGGCUCGUCAAGUGCGACCUGCCUAGACAUCACAUCUGGAAAGACCUCCUGGGCAACGGAGAAGGCGAGCAAAUCGAUUUGGAAGGGCUUCUCCACAUCAUGACGGCCUUUUGGGAUGAAGUUUUUGAAGAGCGUCUCGAAGACCCGCAACCUCUCCACGCGAUGCAGGCUGUCGUCAUCUACUGGGCUACACAAGAACUGGCAGUCCUGGACGGUCCCUGCGUUUUUUCUUUCUUUGAAACCGCCACCGGCGUCCUGAGGAAAUUGGGACAGACGGCCUACGCGCAGAAAUUGCAAGAGCUGGGCCGCGCACUAGACGGCACUGCGACCGGACUUUUCGCCGCUCCCGGCGGCCCGACUGCGGCAAGCUCCUCAGAAGGUGGUGUGGCGGCAGCGUCUGCGUCCGUUCCUGCAUCGCUCAACGAAGGGACAAGCGGCAGCGCGGCCUGUGGGAAGGCUGCGAGUGCGCGAGCGUAA